AUGGUUAACACAUUGAGCACGAGCAUUGCGAAUGCCGCCUAUAGCAACAACUGGUUCGAUGCUUCGUUGUCCUGCAAAAAGAACUUGCAGCUUAUAGCCAUAAGAGCCCAAAGGCCGGUUGAGCUGAGUGCCCUGGGUUAUUUGCCGUUAUCUUUGGAGACGUUCAAAGAGGUGAUGACUGUCACAUAUCGUGUUUUUGCUCUCAUACGUGAAAUGAUACAGUAA